CAGAUGCUAGAUUGUGAUGCACUAACUUUUGUACGUGUACAUUUUUAUAUAUUUUUUCCUCGUCUGAUAGUUCAGAAUAAUUGGGUCAACAGCGAAACGUGUGAACUACCUCUUACAUUGCAUAUACACGCGGAAAUCAGUCCCAUACAUUGUUUUUACUAUGCAUGUCGAAACAUGCGAAUAAAUGCACUGUUUUUUAUAGCCUGCAUAUAAAAUCCCUGGGUACCAAUGUAUUAAUAUUCAGAAUAUGACACAUUAUUGUAUAUACGUAUGUAUGUAUGUUUGGUUUUGUUUUGACUGAUACAAACACGUAAGUACCUUUAAAAUUAGCCUACGUGUUUAAGACAGCACGCGCUUUUAUAUUUUGCUCCACCCAUACGUGGCCUGUGACAUUGUGCUUACAACUAAAAUGGCGACCGACAGCAGCAAUGAGUUGCAGCGUGAGAAAGAGAUGCCCGCAAAUGAAGAAGCUGUUGUUGACAAACAUGAAGAGAGCUUGCCGUUGAUUGAAAGCACUAGAAGAGAGUCGAAACUAACGCUUUACCAUUGGACCCAGUCCUUCAGUUCUCAGAAGGUGAGGCUUGCCAUCGCUGAGAAGGGACUAAAAUGUGAGGAGUAUGACGUGAGCCUCCCGCUCAGUGAGCACAAUGAGCCUUGGUUUAUGCGCCUGAACCCUGCCGGGGAGGUACCAGUGCUGGUCCAUGGUGACAAUGUCAUCUGUGAUCCCACCCAAAUCCUGGACUAUUUGGAACUGACUUUCAAAGAUGAGGGCACACCGAGGUUGAUGCCUGAGGAGGGAAGUAUGUACUAUCCCAGAGUGCAACACUACCGGGAGCUGCUGGACUCUUUGCAGAUGGAUGCCUACACACAUGGUUGUAUUUUACACCCAGAGAUCACAGUAGACUCCCAUAUACCUGCAUAUGCAACAACUAGAAUUCGCGCACAAAUAGGAAACACAGAGUCAGAGUUGAAAAAGCUGGCAGCGGAGAACCCAGAGCUUCAGGAGGCGUAUAUUGCAAAACAGAGACGCCUAAAAUCCAAGCUAUUGGACCAUGACAAUGUGAAAUAUCUGAAGAAAAUACUAGAUGAACUGGAGAAUGUUAUGGACCAGGUGGAAACUGAACUUCAGAGGAGAAUUGAAGAAACUCCAGAGGAGGGCAGCCAGGCCUGGCUGUGUGGGGAGUUCUUCAGCAUGGCUGACGUGUCCCUCGCCGUGACGCUGCACCGCCUCAAAUUCCUGGGGCUCUCCCGGAGGUACUGGGGCAACGGGAACCGGGUCAACGUGGAGACGUACUACGAGCGAGUCCUCGAGCGACCCACCUUCAGGAAGGUGCUGGGACACGUGAACAACAUCCUGAUCUCUGCCGUCUUGCCCACCGCCUUCCGCGUGGCCCGAAAAAGAGCCCCCUCCUUUGUCGGCGCCACUCUGUUGGUGGGAAUACUGGGGGGAGUGAGCUACCUGGCCUUCCUGUAUCUUAAAAAGAGGCUAGUGAGUUACAGCUGAGGUACUGGCAAUAUUAUUUGUGCCGUUGCCGCACUCCGUGGCCCCUCUAGAGCAUAUACCUUAUAUAUAAGUAGUAGAAUUGAUGCACCAAGAGCAAUGUUUAUUUAUUUUAAUGAGUGACUUCCAUAUUUCAAUCAGUCAAAAUAUGUGAAUUUAAAGUAUAAUAUAUAGCAAGAUGUAUAUACUUUAUUUUAUAUUCAUUUGUCAGACAAGACAUUCCUGCGAUUCCUUUUAUUAUUAUUUUCACUUAAUGUGUGUUCCUCAUUGUCCGCGUCAUUGCACAAUUGCACUUGUGUUCUGUUUGAGUUCUCACCAACAAAAAUGAUGUAUGU